AUGGCGUCCUCUUUACCGCGGCCUUCUCACGCCGAUAAUACGCAACUUCUUCCACUUUCCGACGCACAAUCUCCUCUCUCCACCGUUGUCUACGAGCUUUCUCAGCAAGUUCAAGCUGCAAUGGAUAAUAUGCUUAAGAUGAUUACUGAAAUUGACCAAAGCUCGGCUGGAAUAAUAGAAGACAUCGAGAAAUGCAAAGAUUCUGCUCUUGAGAGGAAAAGAACUUUAGAAGAAGAGAAAGAGCGUUUCCAGAAAGCAGCUUACUCUGUUUUAGACAUGCUCAACAACAGGGAGAGUAGCUAAAAUUCCAGUAA